GACGCCCUUCCAGUGCAGUGCCUUGCCUAGCGUCGAACGCGCCCAAACAGACUUUACGGAAUCGCACCUGAGGUCCCCGCGAUUCGGAAGCUCCGCUAGUCGAAGACGAGUCGUUUGUGGUUCGCGCGUUCGCGCUGCUCUGGCGAGGAUCCGCGAGGGCAUGAGGGAUCGGCCGUGCGGAUUCCAAGGCUCGCUCAGAGUCGCUGCAGCGAGGGAAUGCGUGAAUGAAUGAGGACAUGGAUCAUCAAGGGGUUUUAGACUUAAGAUAUGCUAAGAAACUUCAGUUUUCGGAAGUACCAAAGACAUUUUUGGAAUCUGCGCCUUUAGACUUGAGCAUAUCAAAAAAUAACUAUAAUAAUAAUGGUUUAGGCUGUGAGGAGUUAAAUCCACACACUACUCGUCCAUCUGUUAUAACUUCAACUUCAAAUCUGCAAAUAAAUAGAGAUGCCAUAAUUCAAAGAUCUCGUUGGAACCAUAGGUCUCAUCCCUCUAUUGAUAGUGAUUCAAGCUUUGAAAGUGAAUAUGAAAAUGAUAUCUCUCAUUCUGGAGUUUGGUUUACUAAACGACUCGGCAACACCACUGAUGCUUCACGAUGCAGUAGCACUGACAGUCUACGCUGGAGGGAGAGAAUGAAUAGUAGUGAAAUUACAGACCAUUCUCAUACUGACACAGAGAACGAUUCUGAGGCUUAUGAUUCAGGUUCCACACUUUCGUUAGGCUUUUACAAAGAACUGCCUGAACUCACAGCAAAUGUGUCCAUUGAUCAAAAUAGUAACAAUAAUAGUAUGAUCAUUGAACUUUCAUCUUGUAAAGCUGAGAUCAUUGAUCCAGAAGAAAUUCUCAAAGUACAAUUUAAAAGAAAGAAUGAAGAAAAUGAAAAUCAAGACAAUCAUCAAAUCAGCCAAACGGAAAGUUACUUUGAAGAGUUACUCACCAUGCAAACGGAAGAAAGGAAUGAUGAAGUUAAACUGACAAAGAAUAUUUCUGCCGGAAUUCGAGAAACCGCAUCGAAGUAUAUUAAGGAAAUAAGGAAGACAAAAGCAGAUAUGUUCACUUCUGGUCUCAACCUUGAAGUAGAUGGAAAGAAAAAACAACAUUGUCUGAAAUGUAAUGAGGAAUUUUCCAGUGUUACUGGCCUAUUACAGCACCUCAUGACCCAUUCGUCUCGGAACCCUGGCGAGAAACUCAUCAAGUGUCCAGUUUGUACCAAGAGGUUCUCGACCUUAAAUACUCUAGAGCAACAUAUUUUACGCCUUCACACUGGUGAAAUGAAAUAUGUAUGUAAAAUUUGUGAAACUCCGUACAAAUUCAGCACUCACCUGAAAAAGCACAUGUCGACAUCACGCUGUGGAAAAGCAACAAAAAAGAAUAACUGAGGUCACAUUCAAUGUUAUAUUCCUCUCGGUAACUUGAUAUCCAAUUCCUUGACAAAUUUUGUACAAGCUCAAGCAGGUAUUGGUAUCUGAUUGUUUAAAUUUAAGAACAAAAUGUUUAACAAAAUUUAGCCCUUGGGCUUUAUGAUUGACAAUCCUGAUGGAUAAGUAGCAAGCUGCAUUUUUUUUUUUAUUUCUUGCAGUAUCUCACGUGUUUGUCACUGUAGUAUGUCUGUUACGUUAGACUGAAUUGUAUCUCCACUGGACUUCUCAUUACGGUGUCAGUUCUUUGCACAAAUGACAUCUUGCAGCAUGGAGGUACAUUUGGAAUUGCCUCAUAGUGAUAUUAGAUGUGUAAUGUCUCUGUUUUUGUGUAUAGUUCUCGAAUUAACUUAAUUUUGUGAAACCUGCAAUAAUAUUUUGUGGAUAGCCAAUCUUAUUGUGGCUUAAAACAUCUCUCAAUGUGUCUGUGAAAUUUUGAUAGAUUGUCAUAUUUAUUUAAUAGAUGCUGCGGUGGCACUAAUUAUCAUCUUAAAUAGGUAACUAAUGUCUCUUUUAUGCAACAAGCACAGUAACUAUUAGUUAAGUGUUGUGUCUUACACCAGUAGACUUCUUUAUUACUCAAGAUGCUUAGCUGUCCAUUUAAGAGCAGUUUCCUAGUUUGGUACUGUUUUUUUUGUACCUUCAACAACUGUCAUUACAUUGUAAUAAUGCAGUUUUGUUGUUGUUUUUUUUUUUUUUGACCAGACCUUUUUUUUUACAAUGAUCUGUUUGAAAUAGAUGUUCUUGUUCCUGGUAGUUAAAUCAGCUCUUAUAGCUCACCAAAGAUAAAUGUAUUCUCUAACCAUGAUUAAUAUGAUAAAUUAGUUGAGUUGUGAUUAGUCUAUCUUGGCUUUUCAAAGAAUUUUCAUCACCCAAAGAUCAGUAUUUUUGUUCCAAAGAAGUUUUCCUAAUGCAUUCUGUAUUGUAUUCAUUCACAUCUCCCAUUGAUUCCAUGGUUGUUUUCUCAGUUUGUAAGAUGCUCAUUUUAUGUUUCAGUUUUUUCCACCCAUGGGUGAGAAAUCAUACUUUAAGUUUACUUCAACCUAUGUAACAAUAUUCAUUUCUUUGUGUUUUUGCCAAAGGUUUCGUUGUUGUUGGAGGUUGCUUUUGAUUAGUGCUGAUUGGAGUGUUAUGGUCCAAAUUUACCUAUGGAAAUGUUUGUUAGAUGUCAGACAUGGUCAGACCUAUAAUCGUGGUGAGUAUUUAGCAAUUUUUAGAUAAAGACAAUUAUUUCAAUGGCAAUACUUCUUUUAUACUUUUUGUAUUAGAACUGUGAAAGUUUCUUGCAAAAUCUCAUCCCUUGAAGUCUCAAAAUAAUCCAGUUUUAUUAACUGGAUUAAAACCUAUGUACUUGAAAUUUAAAAAAAAAGAACAAUAAUUUUUUCCUAGAGGGUAGAAAUGAUCUUAUUGGAUAAAGGGUAAAUCACCAAUUUAAUAGGCAGAUGUGUAUUAGCUUCAUUGUGUUAGUUUUCAUGUAUCAUGCUUUUUUUUCACCUUCAUCAUUCCUUCAUAAAUUUGUUGGAAAUUUUUAUUCAGUUCUUCAUAUUCAUGCUUACAUGUUCUAGUCUGUCAUUUGAAACGAGUACAAACAAACUAUUUAAUGAUGACACUUGUCUGUCGUUAGUUCGUAUUGGGCCCUCUCAUACUGAAAAUUACACAUGGUAUUUGCAAUAAUAGUAAUAUCUCAAUCUACUGCACUUCUACCAGUGCUGUCAGAAUUGACUAGAUUAGUACAUGUGUUAGAAAAAUGAAUUAGAGGACUCUCUUUGUCUCAACAUUUUCUUAAAUUUCAACCUUGAUUUCUGGUACUGUAAAUACGCACAUAUUGUUUCUAAGAAACAAUUGAACGCUGUAAAGUCACAUUAUUGUUGUACAUAGUUAAAACACUGGCAUAAUAAAUGUUGUACUAGUAGCCUGUAGAACAAAAUAUUGUACUGAUAUUAGUGUAGUUAAAUGUAGUUGCAAUAGUUUGCAGAAGGAGUCUGCCGUGAAAAGUAAAUUUGAUGUGUUACUUUUAAGCGUCACUUUUUUCGAUGCACUGACUGAUGUGUUUAGGACUAGACAUUUUUAAUUUGUAAGUAAGCAAUACUUGUCCACUAAUUUAUCCUUUCCAUGUAAUUUAUUUUUUUCUCUGUUUCAUCAGUGGUAUUUAUUGGUUAUGAGGUGUUUGUGUGUUCCACUCGGUCAUUUUCAAAUUUUAUUGUCAACAACAACUGUGAUUUAGUUUUGUGUGUAUUGUCCACCACACACUUACUGUUAAGGUUUCUUUGAAGGUGAUGAAAAAUUAUCUUUAUGUGAGUGAUGACAUUUAUCAAUUUUGUGAUGAGCAAUAAUAUUCUGAGUAAAUGGCCUAGUUCAGAGCGGACUACAAUGACUUGAAAUGGAAAAAAUAUUUAUCUUGGACCUCAACCAUGUUUUUAGUGAAGAUUUAUGCCACUUGCAAUACAAAAUGGAAGAUAUUUGAUGUAUUUUUGUGUGUAUAAAUUGAUCAAUUUCUUCAUAAACAUGUUUUGUUUCAGA